CAGAGAACACAAUACAUAGACCGACAGACUCUCCGGUCUUAGGGAAAACAAUGCAUAGCCCGGCAGACACUCCGGCUCUAGAUGCUUCAAGUGAUUGGUUUCCAUGUGAUUUCUGCAGCACGUGUCCAAAUGAAGGGGACUUUUGGAAAUGCAACAACUGCGUUGAUCACUACAUUUGUACGUCCUGCUACACUUCGAUCAACCUAUUUUCACUGUCGGAUCGAUGCUCUUUUAAAAAGAUAGUCUUCUCAACUCGUUACACAAGCCCUAGUGGUAUUCGACCUGAUCUAACGACAAAAGGAUGUGGGUCAAGACCAAUAUUUGGAGGACCACACGAGGAAAUUAUAGGGUCCAAAAAGGAAAUGUCGUCAAGUGUUAAACCGAUUUCUAAAUCGAGUAAAGCUGUCAAAGAAAUAUCUCAAAUUAGUAAUGUAUUUACUCCUGAACAGCGAGAACAGACAGAUCAAUCGGUGCGACUGCUAUGCGUACACACUGUUUAUGCUGGAUCUAAACAGACACAUGUCUUUUCCAAAGAUGAUGCAUCCAGCAAGUUUCUCUGCAUUGGUAAUAUCAAUGGCAACUGUAAACAAGACAAGUGUGAACAACUUCAUAGCGACAAACAUUUACCCUACCUAUGGCAGAUAAAACUUUGUAGUUGGUUCACGUUACCUUGGUUCACGUUACCGAAUUCUGAAAGUGUUGAACAAAUGUUCUGUUCUCCGGGAAAGAAGAACUAUUCUUUCAAGUUUCCGUAUGCAUGUGGACAUCUGGAAUGUACAAUAGCGUUUGGACCAUUGAACAGGGCCUCAAUUCGUGAUAAUUUUUUUUCCGAUGUGGAGGUCAGGCGUUUAAGCACUAUGUCUUUCAACGAGGCGGGUGAUGUGGGGGACAGCUACGUAACUCAGUGGCGAUGGUACGAGAAGGACGAUGACGGGCAAUUCAUGUUGUUUGAACCUGACUCUCUUCAACAUACGCUUGAGGCUAAGUUCCUUGCUAAACAAACCACGUACCUGUACUGGCGUGAAAACUACAAGUGGAUGUAUAAGAUUGACUUUGCGGCGAUGACGCAACAAAACGUGCAAACUGCAGCAACCAGACCACUCAGACGGCGGCCAGUGUUUGUAUCGUAUAAAGACGUCCAGGACAAUAUAACACCACCCUGUCUAGCGCCUCCCCAAGUGAUUGACAUUGCGCUUCCUCCUUCCUGGGUGCCUUGGGAUGUGGCUCAUCCAUUUGAACUUAUUCAGCUGUCACACAUGGAAACAGAAUUCAAGAAGGUGUCAACGAACUUUUUCAAAACCGCAAGCCGUGAUAAAUUUACUCUUACAGCUGUAUUCCGGAUACAGAAUCAUGCUUUAUUGUCCGCAUUUUGCAAUCACGAGAAGAUCAUGUUGAACAACCAGCGGCGACUUGGGGACAGUAAACCUCUCAAUAAACGCCACCUCUUCCAUGGAACCGACAGCUUGGAUACUGUACGUGGAAUCUGUGUCAAUAACUUCGACGUGCGUUUGUGCGGCAAAAACGGCAACAUGUAUGGUCAAGGCGUAUACUUUGCUAGAGAUGCAAAAUACAGUCAUCAGUUUACAAGGCCAGAUAAAGAGAUGGAACGAUUUAUGUUACAGGCUAAUGUUCUUGUAGGUCACUAUGCAAAAGGUAAAUCACAGUACAGAUGGCCGCCAGAGAAGCCUGAGAAAGAUCACGAACUCUUUGAUUCAUGUGUGGAUGAUGAACAUAAUCCUAGUAUGUUCGUUCUUUUCGAUAAAAACGCGUAUUAUCCCGAGUACCUGAUUCAGUACACAGACACAUCAAUUUCUACCACCCGAUCCCGAUCAAAACAUUUCAAAUCGAGCAAUGGUUCAAGUGUUUCCAAUUCAGUGCCACCAUCGUCUGUGCUACAAGCACCACCGCAAACUUUCCGCUUACCAGGGUCACCAGUGUCAAUGCACGUAUUAAAUGCUUCCAGCUCAAUGUCAUCAACAGCCAUGCCACAAACAUCCCCAGCACCAAAUACCAUCACAUCAGUAUGGUAUCCAACACCAGUACCAGCUCAUUCCAACAACCAGUUGUCAAUUCAACCGUCAAAUGCCACAACAUCUUUUAUCGGAAGUCAUUUACCAUCAUCUCAAAUGAACUCUGUAAAUUCAAACCGAGUAGUUCCAUUCACAGCUGUGUCACUAACAACCCCACCACCAAAUUACACGGUGCCAAUAUUGCAUUGUACGCCAGCACGAUCUCACUCACACAAUUCAUUGUCUCUAGCACCGCCAAAUGUCAUAGGAUCACCGUGCCAACCAUGGCAAUCUAUGUCCAUGUACGCUUCAAAUUAUACUAAUUCGUUUAGUAACCCACUACAUGCCCUCGCUUCCAAUUCUGCUUAUUCUUUUAGUAACCCUCCGCCUGCACACAGCACCCACACACCGCCUGGUUACACAUUCCAUGCACACAAUUAAUUACCAUCAAUGUAUCAUCAUCGCGGUACAGAAAACGAAUAAUAAUUUAACAUAUGCUGACGUUUACUGAUUGAUUUCCUAUAUUGGUAAUGGUUCUGAUUAUUGCAAUUAUGUAACCUUUAAAACAAAUACUUGAAUUACACCAGCAUUAACAUUAAUUUGCACUUGUGUACUGUGAUUUACUGUAGGCAUUAUGUAAGGUUCGAUAUGCCCUUGAGUCCAAAUUGGUUGAAGUUAUGACCAAGUACAAUUAUGAAUUAAUACGGGUUUCAAAAAUGGAAUGCAGUUUUGCGUAAUACAGCCAUUGGAAUAUAAUAAGCAUGUAAGUACAACAUUGUAUAGAUACAUUAUUGUAUCAAUAUUGUUGUAUUAACGAAAAUAAAGGCUUAAACGAUAUUUUGCAUAUUAUGUUAUUGACAGGUGUAAGAGCAGUUUAAGUAGCCAGCACGUUACUUUAAUGAUUGCUACCGAAUGUCCGUGGUAGUUUGUUCGAUAAGAAAAAAGAUGUGUUUGUAUAUUGUAACACAUGUAUACCUUAGUGGGUGGGGUAAUGUUUAUUUACUGUUUGAUAUUUAACCUAUGUUUCGAAUGCUGUCUGCAGUUAAGCUAUAGUAUUGUAUGAGACUCUAAUGAUAACAGACUUGAAAAUUUACCUGGAUUACCAGCUACGCGAUUGUUUGAGUUUAAAUCCAGAUUUUUGUAAAGUUAUUGUACACAUGUUCAUUUAGUGUUAUUUAACCCUAGGUGGCGUUGUAGCUGAGAAUGACGUCACUAUUACGUAAACAAUCUGCUGUCAACUGUUUUUAUACUGUAUUAAUUUUUAUUGUUUUAAAAUACUAUUUGCAUUUAAAAUAGCAAAUAUGCAGGUAAUUUAUGUAGUAUUAUAUAUUAUAUUGUUAAUACAUAUUGAAAUGUUAUAUUUUUCAUUGAACGAUCCAAAGUUAUUGGUGAUUCACGUUAUGCCAUUCUAAUACUUAGCAGAAUUCUGCGGUAACAUAAUUUCUGAGAGUAUAAAAGGCCGUGAGUUCUGAGUUUGAAUCACUCUAACCAGAACGGUUGGGUCGGUAGGUGGUAACGCAAAAAUAUGAGAAUAAAAGAAAGACAAAAGCUUUAAAAGUUGAUGGUUUGUAAUUAACAACCUCAUAAGAAAAAGAAAUAACAUACAAAUAUAACAAAAAAAAACUUGCAGAGUUUUGACACAAA